AUGACAUCAGCUAUGUUUUUCCCGUAUCGAGAACCAACCUUCAACAGGUUCCUGUCGGUGAAAGAUAGCGCAUACAAAUUGAAAACAUCUCCACCGAAAACCGAAUCACCGGAACAUAGUUUCUAUUGUAUAGCACGGAGUCUUAGUUUACCGGAAAUACCUACAAGCCGAAAGAUGUCGAGAAAAAUGUCGUACGCUAACCGAAGCGACCAGAUCACGCCUAAAUCUCGUAAGACACGAGGUUCCGUUGUCGGUGCCAGAUAUAUGGCGUUCACAGGACGAUCGGACAAACGAUCCGAAGCUCACGAAUCUACAGGAACUCUUGACGUUGUGUCCCUGCAUGACAAACAAGAUGGCGGAGUUUCCGGUGUCAGGGGGUUAAAGAUGGAGAACACAUAUAAAACGGAACCGGAUGUAUCAUUUCGAGUGAGUGACGUGGAAAAAGUAACAGAAUCCACGCUGAAAGAACAUUUAGAUAGAGAAGUGUACGAGUCUUCGAACUGUAAAGAACUGUCACAAAAAAUAGCAGCAGAAAUUUUAGAUAAAGUUAAAGGUUUAGGUUUCAAAAGAUACAAAAUGAUAGCUAAUAUCAGCAUAGGAAGUCUGAAGGAAAAACCCGGGAUGCAGUUCGGAAGUCGCUGUCUCUGGAACAAAAACACGGACAACUUCGUAAGUGUUAAAUAUAGCAAUAGCUCAAUGUUUGCCGUAGCGAUGGUGUAUGGGUUGUACUUCGACUGA